CUCAACGGGUUCGGCCUCCUCGAACUGGGUGAAGCGGGCGUUGCCUAAUCGCGAUAAAAAAAAAUAUUCUACCGCGGUGGCGUUCGCCUCGUGUCGCGCUCCCUUCCCUUCUUUUGGCGACGUCCUCCUGCUUUCUUGCAAAGCAGACACGACACUCGAACGAAGCCCACCCGAGCGCAAACGCGAUCUCUGGGCUGAACAAACUUCACCAUGGCUUCCGUUUGGCAGCAAGUGCUUGCAGUGGAUGCCAGGUACAAUGCUUACCGCACGCCAAACAACCCGCAGUUCCGCACGCAGUACAUCCGACGACGGAGCCAGCUGCUGCGGGAGAACGCCAAGGCUGGGCACGACCCAUCCGUCCGCAAGCAGUACCUGCGCCUGCGGUGUCAGAUGCUGUCGCAGCGCUACGGCCCACUCUCCGAGCAGAGCAGCUUCCGCGCGUACAGCAACAGCAUCCGCAGCAGCCGCACGACGCUCGACCGAAUGGAGGACUUUGAGGAUGGCUCCUACGACCAGCGUGGCCAAGGCUCGCGUGGGCACAGACGCUCAAUGAGCCGCAGCUCCUACCAAUACCAAGCCCAGCUCAACCGUGCCAUUGAAGACAGGAGUACUGUGGGUGUGGUGCCAACAUCUGUGGCAGAGGCAAGCAGAGCCAUGGCUGGUGACACCUCCUUGGAAGAAAACUACGCUUUUGCGGGAAUGUUUCACGUCUUCGAUCAGCACACUGACGCUGUGCCCAAGGUACAGUUUGCGAAUGACGACAAGACGCGCUUUGCAGCGUGCUCGCUGGAUGGCACGGUGUCCGUGUGCGUGCUGGUGCCCGCGCCGGCCCUGGUGCGCGUGCUGCGCGGACACACGCGCGCCGUCACCGACUUCGCGUGGUCACUCUCCAACGACCUGAUGGUGUCCACGUCUCUCGACGGCGCCCUGCGGCUCUGGGAUACGGCAGAUGGGCGCUGCCUGCGCCAGGUGCCUGACCCGGAUGGCUCCGAGCUUCUGUGCUGCACCUUCCAGCCGAUGAACAACAAUCUCAUUGUGGUGGGGAAUAGCAAGCACAACGUGCAUGUGGUGAACAUCUCGACGGGCAAACGGGUGAAGGGUGGAACGAGCAAGCUGACAGGGCGUGUGCUGGCGUUGUCCUUUGACUCUCCUGGCCGCAUCCUCUGGGCUGGUGAUGAGCGAGGCAGCAUUUUCUCUUUUCUCUUCGACAUGACCACAGGCAGGCUCACCAAGGCCAAGCGUAUGGUGGUGAACGAAGGCAGUGCUAUCACCAGCAUAUCGGCGCGCUCAUGGAUCAGUCGCGAGGCACGUGACCCGUCGCUGCUUGUCAACGCCUGUGUCAACAUGCUGCUUCUGUACCGGGUCCUGGAUAAUGAAGGAGCAUUGCAGCUGAAGAAAACCUUCCCCAUCCAGCAGAAAACACACCACAUUCACAGCAUCUUCUGCCCACUCAUGUCCUUCCGCCAAGGAGCUUGUGUCGUGUCGGGCAGCGAGGACCUGUGCGUGUACUUCUUCGACGUGGAGCGGAGCAGCAAGCCGGUCGUCAACAAGCUGCAGGGUCACUGCGCGCCCGUGCUCGAUGUCAGCUUCAACUGCGACGAAAGCCUGCUGGCCUCCAGCGACGCGCAGGGCAUGAUCAUCAUUUGGAAGCGCGAGCCAAAGUACAAGACCGCCCUUGGCUAACGCCAGCAAUCUGUGCCGACCGCUGCUUAUGACUGGGAUAAAUGGUUGCUCUUGUGAACAGCAUUUGAGUAUUAAAAACGCUCACCGCAGCUUUGGUCACGCCACAAAAUCGAUUGGUGGGGCUCAUGUGGUGGAGGUCACGUGUGCGUGUAUUCCCAUGUCUUUUAAGACGUAUGGCCAAUGCAGAAGGGUAACAUCCAAUACCCUUGAGUGGGACUCGUGAGGUCCUCAUGUGGAGGCCCUUCUACCAGCAGUGGCAUGAGCGGGGGCUGUACCGUGACUUUCUUAAACCUUUCAGUGGGUCCAAUUACCAUUGUAGCAAAAAGACAAUUGGGAUUCCCCCCCCCCCCCCCAUAAAAAAGGGUGAAAAGAACUUGUGUAAAUAUUGCAAACACUAUUAAAGGGCAUUUGUUGGGUAGAUUUGCUGUGAUGCUAUUGCAAAUGUCCAAUAUGGUCCAGUGAGGUAAAAUGAGGGGGGGGGGGGGGUGUGCAUUUUCAGUAUCCGUAUCUAUUCUCAUGACCAUACGUUGUAAUAUCAACAAUUUCUGAAGUGUUCCUUGUAAAUGUCAAUGUGCAAAUGCAGAUCUAAACUAUUAAUAUAUGCCUCGUGUACAAUAAAUCUGUGUCAAUGUAUGUGAACAAAAACAUUUAAAAAGUAUAUUUCUUCCAAUUAUUUAAGUCCCAAUAACACUCGACUGGAUUACAUGCACUUCGAAAUUCCUACUGACAGGAUAUACCCAGGUGGAUCCGAGUCAAAACAGUAUUAUUCAUUGAGACAAUAUAAAUCGGACAGAAAAUGUGGUGAUAACAACAUCGAAGGGUAGAUGUGAUGUACUCUACUUAGAAGAGAUAUGUACUCGCACAAGAGAUGUUGGCGAGUCGCCGUGAGUAGCCACUCAGAUGUAGACAAGACGUACUGCAGACAGAUGUAGCAUAUGUAGAUAAAAUGCGAGAAUCAAAGGAGAGAUGUAAGCUGUGUGAUUUAGGGUCGUAGGAAUUGUUUGAGAUGUAUUCAGAGAAGCUAUAAUUCAGAAAUAUAAAGUGAAUCAAGGAAAGGCUGGAUAUAUUAUUUGGUGCUCAUAGAUGCAUCCAGAUGGGAUGAGAUUUUAAUUGGUUAAGACAAAUGUAUGUAUUAAGAAAAGAUGUGAUCAUAUUGUAAUCUCACAGAUAUCCAUAAAUCAAAUAUUUAUUUCGGAUCGAGAUCUUCAGAGAUGGGAAGAUCUAUAAUCAGAAUGGAGAUUUAAUUUAUAAUAAAAAUGGGAUAUAUCCGAAAUAUAUAAAAUGUGGAAUAUGAAAAGUCAAUACUUGCCCAAUACUGCACCAAAGCCGUCAUUCCUCGCCAAGGAAAUGGGAGAUGUUUAGAGAUUAAACAUCACUAAUUAGUCUAAAAUUCUGCGUAAGACUUCGCCCACACCUGCUAAUCGCAUAACUAUGGUUACACUAGCCGGUAUAUUUAACUAUCAUAGCCUUGUAAUCUGUUCAACAUUGUCGUGAGUUUAUAAAUAUAAUAAAGAUCCAGCUUCAAAAUUUUGUUUACUAUUCAGCUGGAUCCCAACUGGAUCCAGAUUUAAAUCCAGUACAAUCCCAAGUAUUUCAAUAGUUGUUUGUAAAACCUAGUGGUUUUGUUUAGUGGUACUGCCUGCA